AUGUCUCAUGCUGGUGUCAUGCCAGAUGAAUAUACAAUUCCAAUUGUCCUGAAAGCGGCGAGCCAAAAUUUGGAUUAUGUGUUGGGAAAACAAAUUCAUGGGAUUUCAAUUAAACGUGGGUUGGAAACUAAUAUGCAUUGUGAGAGUGGUUUUAUUAGUUUGUAUUUCAAGGUGAGCAAACUAGAAGAUGCACUUAAAAUGUUUGAAAAAAGUACUGACAGAAAGCUGGGGUCUUGUAAUGCUGUUAUAGGAGGGUUAUCGCAGGGAGGACGUGCUAAGGAAGCAGUAUUUCUCUUUAUUGAAAUGAUGAGAAAUGGGAUUCAGCCUGAUGAUAUCACUAUGGUCAGCUUGACAUCAGCUUGUGGAAGUUUAGAAGUAGAGGGGAUUAGAGAGAUUAUGAAGAACCGAAAACUUGCUAAGCUUCCUUCUUAUAGCUUGCCAGGAGUUGAAUCUGGAAACCAUUAG